UGUGCGUGAGUAACAACAGCAACACAAACAACAACACCAGCAGAUAGUGAAAAAACAACACGCACCAUUUGAUAAACCAGUUCACGUUGGGCACCACAUUAUGUGAGCCGUUUUCGCAUUUUUUUCCCACCACACCGUACCACAGGCGCAUUCGACCGUCCGCCAAAGCAGCGCCCGAAUAUCCGGUGAACUAUUCGCGUGUCAGUCAGCUCAUCGUUCCGACAGGUUGUAGGCAGGUUGUCGCCUUUUCGCGCUUGUACAGCUUCCCGUGGAAGGGUUUCUACCUGUGCAAAUAAAUACGCAGUUGCUCGCUGUGGUUCGGCUGGAGGUCCGCUAGGAGGCGCAAGGUGCGUGCGAAACGAUGACGAUCAAUAACAUAUUGUGGUUUCGCCAUGGGCUACGAUUGCACGAUAAUCCAAGCCUGCUGGAAGCGCUCAAAAGCGACUGCGUUAACCAGUCCAGCGAGGCGGUGAAGCUGUUCCCGAUCUUCAUCUUCGAUGGCGAAAGUGCUGGCACGCGCAUCGUCGGCUACAAUCGGAUGAAGUUCCUGCUGGAAUCGUUGGCCGACCUUGACCGACAGUUCCGUGAUCUUGGCGGACAGCUGCUGGUGUUCCGGGGCGACAGCGUCACCGUGCUGCGCCGUCUGUUCGAGGAGCUGAACAUCAAGAAGCUGUGCUACGAGCAGGACUGCGAACCGAUCUGGAAGGAGCGCGACGAUGCGGUGGCCAAGCUGUGCCGAACGAUGGACGUGCGCUGCGUGGAGAACGUGUCGCACACGCUGUGGAACCCGAUCGAGGUGAUACAGACGAAUGGUGACAUCCCACCACUCACGUAUCAGAUGUUUCUGCAUACGGUGAACAUCAUCGGGGAUCCACCGCGCCCGGUCGGUGCACCGAACUUCGAGUACGUGGAGUUUGGGCGCGUUCCGGCCCUGCUCGCCUCCGAGCUGAAGCUCUGCCAGCAGAUGCCAGCGCCGGACGAUUUUGGCAUCCACUACGACGGCAACGCUAGAAUUGCCUUCCAGAAGUGGAUUGGGGGUGAGACGCAUGCCCUCGAGGCGCUCGGCGCUCGGCUAAAGCAGGAGGAGGAAGCGUUCCGCGAGGGCUACUAUCUGCCGACGCAGGCGAAGCCGGAAAUUCUCGGCCCUGCCACGUCCAUGAGUGCGGCCCUGCGAUUCGGCUGCCUGUCCGUGCGCAUGUUCUACUGGUGCGUGCACGAUCUGUUCGCCAAGGUGCAGUCGAACAGCCAGUUCAAGUAUCCGGGCGGGCACCACAUCACCGGGCAGCUGAUUUGGCGCGAGUACUUCUACACGAUGUCGGUGCAGAACCCGCACUACGGCGAGAUGGAGCGCAAUCCGAUCUGCCUGAACAUUCCGUGGUACAAGCCGGAGGACGAUUCGCUCACCCGAUGGAAGGAGGGCCGGACGGGCUUUCCCAUGAUUGAUGCGGCGAUGAGACAGCUGUUGGCGGAAGGUUGGCUGCACCAUAUAUUGCGCAACAUAACCGCGACCUUCCUGACGCGCGGUGGACUGUGGCUAAGCUGGGAGGAAGGAUUGCAACACUUCCUCAAGUAUCUGCUGGACGCAGACUGGUCCGUGUGUGCCGGCAACUGGAUGUGGGUGUCUUCGUCCGCGUUCGAGCGGCUGCUCGACUCUUCCAAGUGCACCUGCCCGAUCGCGCUUGCCCGCCGGCUCGACCCCAAGGGUGACUACGUGAAGCGCUACCUGCCAGAACUGGCCAACUAUCCGGCACAGUUUGUGCACGAACCGUGGAAAGCUUCCCGUGAGCAGCAGAUCGAGUACGGCUGCGUGAUCGGCGAAAAGUAUCCGGCACCCAUGGUCGAUCUAGCGAUCGUUUCGAAGCGAAACGCGCACACCAUGGCCUCGCUAAGGGAGAAGCUGGUCGAUGGUGGUUCCACACCGCCCCAUUGCCGUCCGUCAGACAUUGAAGAAAUUCGCCAGUUCUUCUGGCUGGCGGAUGAUGCCGCUACGGAGGCAUAAGAGCCAGAAGAAGUGUGUGCGAGGACUGGCUGUCUCCGUACCGCAAACCUAUAAUACAGGGACGUGCACUGAGUAACAACCGCUGCUGUGCGCGAUAGAGGACGGAAAAGAAACGAGCCUAAAGUUAACGCGAGCCUUGUAGGUAGGAAACGGAUUGAAGAAGCCAACUAAGGAAAGGGGAAGGUUUUUAAACCAUGAUCACGAAACGGUGUGCUUUCGUCUGUUAUUCAUAUGAAGAUGUUUAUCGAUCGGUGAAAGUGGGAUAUUUUUCUUAAAACAUAGCAACAUACGUGUGGUGUAAGAGUUUGUUUUAAUUCCAUGCAACGCGAAAAAGCAAACAGGAUGAUGCUCUCCAUUGUCGCAUCCUGGCUGUUCUCCAAGAGCUCCGUUUUUGCGUAAAUGCAUCCAUGUUUUAGGUAUAAGAAGAUUGUUUAUGUAUGUGUGCGUAAGCGUGUGUGUGUAUGUGUAAAUAUGCGUUACAUUUUGCAUAAGCCGGACAACUAACGCUCCGGGUCCGGAGUUGAAAGCAGUGUCCCAUUCGAAGUCAGAAGCCAACGACGAUGCCGUCGUUCGUAGUAAUGCAGCGGAGACGAAACUGUUCUCAAUUAAAAAUGUAUACCAAAUGUAUAAUCGUGAAAAAAUCCAAUAAAGCAGAUGCAUUGUUAAUGUAAUGUAA